CCCUCCCGCUACUGCAGCAGCAGGAGGUGUAGAAGACGUGGUGUCACCCAUGUUGGGAGAACAGCAAGAAGAGGCCACCAAUGCUGUUGUCUCCCCAGCACCAGACAAGGGUGAAGCGACAUUUUCAUCGACAGAGGUCCCCGGGGCAGAGGCUGCGACACCCCACCUUGCCCCAGGAGCAGACGUAGAAGGACAUGCAGCUGCUUCUCCCUCAGAUCAGGAAUCUCAGCCCCCAGUGACCGAGGCGCAUGUGCCCAGCACCACAGGUCUCGAGGUGCAGGAGGCAGGUGCCUCCCCCAGGCUGCGUGUGGCAGAGACAUUCCUGGUGAUCCCCUGGACAGAGGUCCGGGAGGGGCAGAAGAGGAGCUGCACUGCCAGCAGCAGGCACAGUCUGGACAGGCAGAGGACAGCCAGCCUGCCUGGGCAGCUGGGAGGCCCUGAGGAGAGGGAGCUCCAGCUGCAAGACAGCCAGAGGCAAUAUUGCUGCCCGAGACACAGAGCGUUGCUCCAGUACAUACAGGAGGAACUGCCCACUGAGAAGGAGCAGGAAGAGGAGAACGACCACAAAAGGGAAGAGGACAGCGACCAACUGCUGUCCCAUUUGCAGGACGUCACCAAGGGCAACAUAUGGAUCAGAGCCUUGGUCAAGGAGGUGAAGGAGUCCUCAGAACGCGACUGGGACAAAGAGCUGUCCCAAGGGGAAGCCAUCACCAUAUGGGACAUCUAUGUCAACCCCUUGGUGCCUGAGCUCUCCCAGGCACCCCGCGCGGGACCCCAGGAGGGAUCCAGCAUCCCCAGCAGCGUGGGCACAGCCGCAGCACGAGAGGCAGCAGAAGAGGCAGCGGAAGAGACAGCUGGAGACCUGCAGAGCCUGUCUCCUGCCCUGGCCAGACCCACAGACACCGAGCCAGCAGCUCCCACCCUGCCCGCAGCUGCUGAGCAAGAGCAGCACCGCACACCUCUCGCUGCCCUGGCACAAGAGGACGAGGAGGCACCAGCACCAGCUUCCCCUGGCUCUGCAUCCUGUGUCGCAGAGCAGGCAGCAUCUCAGGCACCUGCCCCAAGGCGGCGCACACUUAGAGACAGAGCUCUGCAGCUCUCAUUCGUGCGCAAAGUACUCAGGAGAGCAUCUGAAAACCAUCAAGGUGAGGCCAGCAGUGCCCCUGCCUCACGGGCAGCACAAGAGGAGGCACCGCCAGUGUCACCUGCAGCAGUUCAGGACACUGAGGACGAGUCAGGCACUGCCACCCAGCCGGAUGCAGGAGCGCUCCAAAAGCGACGAUCGUCCCGCUUCAGGAGAGCAAUGAAGUCUCUGCGCAAGACUUUCAGCUUCUCCUGCAUGAACCCACGGGUAGAGGAGUAGUGCCCCACUGCCGGCGCCAUCCCCGACAGAGCGGCGCUCAGGACACCGUGCUGCAGCCUGCGCUCGCUGCGGACACCUUCUCGGGACAAUAAACCAUUCCCCUUUCCCCCCA